AUGGGUCAUUUUCUUUCUUUUCUUUUUUUUAACAUCAAAAUCUUUGAAAAAAAUAUUUUUAUUUCUUUUUUUUUUCUUUGUUUUGAAAAUUCAUUUCUUUCUUUCUUUCUUUUGAUAACAUUUUCUUUCUUUCUUUCAAUAUAUAUUUUCUUUUUUCUUUUCCAUCCAAAAUUUUUCUUUCUUUCUUUCUAUCUUAAACGGAUUAACUUCUUUUUCUUUCUUUCUCAACAUUUUUUGUUCUUUCUUUUCUUUCUUUCUUUCUUUCUCAACAUUUUCUUUUUUUCUUUCUUUCUUUCUCAACAUUUUCUUUCUUUCUUUAUAUUCUUUCUUUCUUUCUUUCACCAACAUUUUUCUAUUCAUUAUCUAUCUAUCUAUCUAUCUAUCUAUCUAUCUAUCUAUCUAUCUAUCACAGUCUGUUCAAUAUCUAUCUAUCUAUCUAUCUAUCUAUCUAUCUAUCUAUCUAUCUAUCUAUCACAGUCUGUUCAAUAUCUAUCUAUCUAUCUAUCUAUCUAUCUAUCUAUCUAUCUAUCACAGUCUGUUCAUUAUCUAUCUAUCUAUCACAGUCUGUUAAUUAUCUAUCUAUCUAUCUAUCUAUCUAUCUAUCUAUCUAUGUCUGUUAAUUAUCUAUCUAUCUAUCUAUCUAUCUAUGUCUGUUAA